CUCGCGUCCCCGCACGCUCCCCAAAGUCCCGGCAGCGGCAGGCCACUGCGCGACCCGGCGGAGAGCGCCGCCUUCCUGCGCUCCGCAGGCACCAUGGCCGCCCCCGACCUGUCCACCAACCUCCAGGAGGAGGCCACCUGCGCCAUCUGCCUCGACUACUUCACGGACCCAGUGAUGACCGACUGCGGCCACAACUUCUGCCGCGAGUGCAUCCGGCGCUGCUGGGGCCAGCCCGAGGGCCCGUACGCGUGCCCCGAGUGCCGCGAGCUGUCCCCGCAGAGGAACCUGCGGCCCAACCGCCCACUCGCCAAGAUGGCCGAGAUGGCGCGGCGCCUGCACCCGCCGUCGCCCGUCCCGCAGGGCGUGUGCGCCGCGCACCGCGAGCCGCUGGCUGCCUUCUGCGCCGACGAGCUGCGCCUGCUGUGCGCGGCCUGCGAGCGCUCCGGGGAGCACUGGGCGCACCGCGUGCGCCCGCUGCAGGAGGCGGCCGACGACCUCAAGGGCAAGCUGGAGAAGUCCCUGGAGCAUCUGCGGAAGCAGAUGGAGGACGCGCUGCUGUUCCAGGCCCAGGCGGAGGAGACCUGCGCCCUGUGGCAGAAGAUGGUGGAGAGCCAGCGGCAGAACGUGCUGGUGGAGUUCGAGCGGCUGCGCCGCCUGCUGGUGGAGGAGGAGCAGCGGCUGCUGCAGCGACUGGAGGAGGAGGAGCUGGAGGUGCUGCCGCCGCUGCGGGAGAGCGCCGCCCGGCUCGCGCAGCAGAGCGCCCAGCUGGCCGAGCUCGUCGCGGAGCUGGAGGGGCGCUGCCAGCUGCCGGCGCUGGGGCUGCUGCAGGACGUGAGGGACACCCUGCGCAGGGUCCAGGACGUGAAGCUGCAGCCGCCCGAGGUGGUGCCCAUGGAGAUGAGGACGGUGUGCAGGGUGCCGGGGCUGGUGGAAGCCCUGCGGCGGUUCCGAGGGGAUGUGACUCUGGAUCCCGACACCGCCAACCCCGAGCUGGUCCUGUCGGAGGACAGGAGGAGCGUGCGGCGGGGGGACCUGCGGCAGCCUCUGCCCGACAGCCCCGAGCGGUUCGACCCUGGGCCCUGCGUGCUCGGCCGGGAGCCCCUGACCUCGGGCCGCCACUACUGGGAGGUGGAGGUGGGGGAGCGGGCCAGCUGGGCCCUGGGCGUCUGCAGGGACAACGCCAACCGCAAGGAGAAGGGCGAACUGUUCGCCGGCAACGGCUUCUGGAUCCUGGUGUUCCUGGGAAGUUACUACAACUCCUCCGAGCGGGCCUUCGCCCCUCUCCGGGACCCACCCCGGCGCGUGGGCGUCUUUCUGGACUACGAGGCUGGACAUCUGUCCUUCUACAGCGCCACCGACGGCUCGCUCUUAUAUGCCUUCCCUGAGACGCCUUUCUCAGGGACCCUCCGGGCCCUCUUCUCACCUCUGUCCAGCAGCCCAACCCCUAUGACCAUCUGCAGGCCAAAAGGCGGGCCUGGGGACAUGCUAGCUCCCCAGUGAGGGGGCCCUUAUGAGCGAGUGGGCUUCUCACGGUCCCUUGUCCUGACUUGGGAUCUUUGAGCCACCUGGAAAACCUGGGAGAGGAGCUCGUAGUGCCUCUCAGACGUGCGUAGUAAAACCAGACUCAGUCACUGUCAUUCCUGGGAAGCUGUGCAAACGUGUGCAGGGCCGGCUGCGUCCUGUCCUGGGGUGCCCUCCAAGGGCCUUGGGUGCCAAGACCCCAUUUGCUGGCGCGUUGCCAACAGCCCUUUGCAGAACCCCAAGCCCGGGACCCCGGCAGCUCUGGUUCCAGGAGCCCACCCAGUCUGGCCAUGGUCUGGGGUGGGGCUCCGGGGCCUGACGACCCUGAGGCUGCACCCUGAGAAAGCUGCCGUUUCUGUGUGGCUGCUGGUGGGAGGAGCUCCAAGCCUGCCGGCCCGGCUCAGGGUCUGGUCCUAUAACACGGGCUGGACGUGGUUGUCCCCGGUUAGUUAGGGUGCAGCAGAGUCCUCUGGAGAGGUGGUCGGGGAAAGGCCAGAGGAGGGGAGCUGGGAGGAAAAGGCGCUGAUAAAGGGACCGAGUAACCAGGACCCACAGAGGGCCGACCAUUCAGGGGUUCUAGAAAAUGCUCCUUCCCUGACCGCCAGUGUAGAGGCCGGAAUGCAGGGGACCUAUGGGCUUGGACGUGAGCACAGGGCUGACAAGCUCCAGGUUCCAUCUGAGCUGGGCUGAGAACUGCAGGCUGGUGUUGACACCACCUCUGCCCUGGGGGGCCAUCCCCAAGUCUGCCUGGGGCUGGGGGCAAGGCUGCAAAGGGCCUCUCCUUAUAGAAUCCGGGAUUUGUUUUGCUUCUAAGUUCUGCGUGUCUUCGCCCUUCUCACAAAGAUGCAGCAUCUCUGCACCCCUAGGAUUUAUUUAUUGUAAGGGCCCGUUCUCACAGUAAAUAAAUUCACCAUUGUCUGCAAUCCCACUGUUUACGUGGGGGCGUGGGAAAACCCACUGGGAGGAGGGCUGGCCCCGGGAGGGUGAUGUGGAGGCAGGAUGCUCCCAGGCAAAGUCAGAGAUGCAGCUGCUGCCCUCACAAACACAGCAACUCCCAGACGUGGUCUUCCUGGUCUUUGCUGAACGUGCAUGUUCAUUUCAUGCGCCUGCUGUGGGAUUCUUUUUCUUUUUCCAGAUAACCUGAUAAACACUCCAUUUCCCACUGUG